UAUAGUUCAAGAAAGUUAUCAGAGAGGGAUGGCACCCUUUAAGAGUCCCCCAGAUAACCAAAUUCCACUGCUGCUUCAAACUAAAAAAGAUGAGAUAGAUGAAAGGAGGAAAGUGGAUCAUUUAAUCGAGAUAAAGGAAACAAUUGGUCAAGAUCCAUCAGGAUCGCAAACAAAUAAAUCUGUAAAUCAAAUCUUAGAUAAAAGAUUUGAGAAUUUUGACAACUCGUCUAUCGAAUCCACUACCAUAUUCAAAGUGACUGUGGGGCUGAGUGAAUCAAAUUCGAACGCUUAUAAGCAAAAAUUGAUCUCCAUUGGUCCUUACCAUAAAUACAAUCUUGAACUUGGCUCGAUGGAAAAGUACAAGUUGCGGUACCUACGACGGUUUCUCAAGCGGAAAAGGGGGGGGGGGCGGUUGGAUGUGCAAAGUUGCAUGAGUGAAAUGGUUAAACUAAAAGAUGAUGCACUUAAGUGUUAUGAUGAUAUAGGGCACCUUGACAAUAUUCUUGUAAAUUUUUUAGAAAUGUUGUUGCUCGAUGGUUGUUUUGUCGUUGAAUAUAAUCGAGAGCAUUGUGGAAUGAAGCUAAUAGGAGAAAACAAGAUUAUCAAGAGAAGUUGCACAACUAAUCAAGUAUGGCGAGACUUGUUGUUAGUAAAAAACCAACUUCCUUUCUUUGUCCUCACCAAGUUUCAUGACAUGACUAAGGAAGUUGAAAUAUCAAUCACAAAGUUAGUGAUGCUCUAUCUUGUUCGAAAACUGAAUAUGACCCAUGCAUCCUUUCUAGAGACUGAAGGUAAUGAAAAAAAUAUCAAACAUUUACUUCGUGGAGUACACGUCAUGUCAGUGAUUAUACAACUUUCAUGGAUUAUCUUAUCAACUCAAACAAAGAUGUGA